AUGCCGAAAAUGAAGUGGUCAGUUAAACAUGACACCAUAUUUGGUCGCGAACUCCUUAGUUGGGAACUAUGGAAGUACCGUUCAGGCACCAGAGAGCGGGGAAGCUGUUUAGACGAAAUAUGUAAAAUUCUGAAUAACAUCAAAGAGCCCCAAUUUUGCGUUUCGCCGAAGGGUUUGAGGGACCGCUUGAAAAUCCUGGAAAGGGAUUCCAAGGCCAGGGAGAGAGAGACCGAGAGGGGCUCGGGAAUUUCCCCCGAAUACCGAGAAAUAGAUCAAAUAAUGGACGACUAUAUGGAGAGAAGAGAGGAGGAAGAGAAGACCAAGGAAUCCCGCACUGAUGUGGAUCGAAACAAGGCAGAUCAAGAUAAAGCAGCAGGCGAGGAGAUGAAAGAGAGAGCCAUGGAGAGGCUAGCUCAGACUAAGAAGAGAAAUGGCAAAGAUGAACCACGAAAAAAGCGCCAAAAAAGUGGUGACACCCUUGACUAUCUAAGGGAGGCAGCGGAGAGGGACUCUCAGUUAAGGCGAGAUGAGCUAGACAUGAAAAGGAGGCAAGACGAAGCUACAGCUGCUACCCAGUAA